GACCGCCACAAGGCCUUCGUUGAUGACGUGUUCAUUGCGACGGCCAGGGUCGGGGAGGGUGGGAAGGCUGAGGAGGCGUUCGAGUGCUUCGGUUGCACUGACUGCGUGGACUUCGCCAGCCGCAACCUUCCAGGGUGCGCGUUUGCGGACGUCGUCCGCGACAAGAAGGAGGACGAGAAUUUCGCUCAGGAGGUGGAUGGGGCCAUGAACAUAGGCGAGAGCGACGAGGCGCCCUUCGGCAUCGAGGCUGGCGAGGGCUCGCAGAUAGGCGGCACCCUCUUCGAGGACUACCUUGCGCCCAACCACCGCCAGGUCGUGUCGACAUGGAAGAAGACGCCGAAGCAGUUGCGCCUCAGGCCCCUGAAGUGGCGCGGUCGGAACGGCGUCGAGACCACGGUGUACCCCAUCAAGGAGAACGACAACAGUUGGCCGAGGCUCCGCUUGCACAGCGAGUCGUUCGACUACGUGAUGCAGAACUUGAUGCAGAAUGGCAUGGGUUGCUUCGCCUCGCAGCCCGACAGGGUGAUGGCCGCCCAGGCUCGGGAUACGAGCAAUCCGAGGCGCGCUUUCUCGACCAUCCGCUUGCCGACCGUGGGCGCCGUCAACGACAGGAGCGCGGAGUUGGGCGGCGGCAGGGUUCAGCUGACGGACUUCUCGCCCCGCGCUGCUGGCCGCGUGCGGGUCAGCGAAGUACCUCCCACGCCGGCGCCCUCCCCCAAGGGUUCUGGGGCAUGGGUGCAAAGCGGCUCAGGGUCAGGGAAUCCUCCAGCUUUGGCCAUCGGCGACGUGCCUGACCACGAACGAGAGGAGGGCGUCGAGGACGACGACGAAGACGUCGAGGUCCCGAGGGAUGCCGCAGCGUGCUACGCCGACUCGGCGGUCUCGGGCACGUGCCGCACGCCUCAGCCUUCGCCUACCAGCGAGAGGGGCCCAAGGACGCCUGGCAGCUUGCUUCGCGGCAGCAGCGGCACGGUGCUUCCCCCUGGGGGCCGCCACGGCAUUCCUUCGGAGAUCCAGAAUACCCCGAACGAGUUCCAGAAGGGUACCCCCGAGUAUUGGAUUCACGACCUGAACUUGACAUGCGCCAUGGCUGGCGCGAAACUCGACCAGGGCCCUCAUCAGCUAGAGGUUCUCUUGGGGAAGGUUCCUGAGGGAAAGUUGCCGACCAUCAGGAAGCACCUCCACCUGGUAACCCUGGCUAAGGAGAUCGUUCGCAUGGAGACGCUCCAUCCAGAUACCUUGAACAAACACAUGGCGGAGCUCACGGAGGCAGGGGCGGUGAUCCCUGCAGCUGUUCAGCUCAAACUUGUCAAGUACUGGGGGAAAAAGGAUUACGACGUCUGGAGCAAGGGCCAGGAAUCAUCGCAACGCUCCCGAUCCCAAUUGCUGAAAACAUUUCAACGUUACCGCACGUGGUCCAAUGCUGGCGCUGGAGCUGUUCCCAGAGUAUUCAUGUUCCGUGACCCCUGCCUUGCAGAGGCGAGACUUCCCAGCAGCACCAAGGCAGCCGUGUUCGUCGAGGAGGUGCUGAUCUCCUACCUCAUCCCGCUCAUUCUGGGCGACGCCCCUAUGGAGCGACAGGUCCUAGACUUCAUCGAGACGGCCUUGGUAUUCUUCCAGCUCCCCGAGGAAUGCGACAUCUCCGAGGAGUGCGCUCAGGCCGUUGUCGAGGUCAAGCAGAUAUGCGAGGCGAUCCAGACGGCAGCCUCGAAAACCAUCGGGAAGUCAGCGCAGAAAGACACCUACGCCGACAUCGGCACCUUGCAGGCUGCUGGCGGCAAAGCAGGGGCCACAGACGCUUGGGCGCAGGUCGGGGCUGCUCUGGGGCAGUCGCCCCACUGGAAGACGCUCCUGAAGAACGUGAUCUCCAGGGGCAAGGUCUACCUGGAGCUGGCGCCUCUAGUCGCCCAGGACUUGUCCGAAGUCGAGGCUCUUUCGAAGACGAUGGAUGUGAAUGCCUUCCCAGUGCGGGCCAAGUCACUGAUCGAUCGUCUCCCCAAAUACAUCGCCAGGUUGGGGGCUGAGCCAAUCCAGAUGCUCGAGACCUCGCUGGUCCAGGUCAUUCACAAGGCAGCCACUGCUGUUCUCGAGAAGGAUUUCCCUGGCGACACUGCCAAUGACCCGACUCGUUACCAUGCGUUGCUCGAGUCUUACUCGGAGGUCGUCGAGAAGGUCUAUCAGGUGUGCCAGCUCGAUGAUGCCAUCUCGCGUUUAAAGGAUAGGGUAAUGAACGCCAUCAGGAGUGCAGAUCAAGAAACCACGACCACUUCAAUCAUCGGCAGCAUGAACAAGUUCCGCGAGGGGAUGAUCGACAUUGCAGUCUUGCACGCCGACGUGAAGCGCCUCAGUCUGAGUGCGGAUUCAGCUACCGAUGAUCUUCAGGCCGCUGCAUCUCAGCUUUGGGAUUUCUUGAUGAAGACGGAUGCUAUCCAGACCACCUUGGGCGACAAGUUCGACGUGUACACCGACGUGCUGAACAGGAUUUCCAGCUUCCAAUCCGACCGCGAGAAGCUCGCGUUUCACAUGGACUUGAUUAAGAAGACUUCGUCGCUCAGGAGCGCGCUCUCGAAGUUUAUAGGUGAUCUGAAGGAGCGGGACGUCGACAUGCAGAUGGCGCUCACUGCGGAUCCGAACGAGAAGCUGUGGAGGGCCUUCGUGAAGGCCAAGACGGAUCUGACCACCUGCACCAACGCCAUCUCGCACAUCACCGCUAGCCUCGACGAAGUUGGCCUUACCUUCAGAGAUACAUACAAUGAGCUUGUUUCCCUGUCCGAGACAUAUUACACGCAGGCGGUCGGUUUGAAGAUGGCUGCCAGGAAGGACGCGGUGACGGAGGCUUCGGAGAAGCUGCAGUCGACCCUGGACCAGAGCCCCGCGUACUCCACUUACAAGCUGCACGUCAGUGACACCAGCAGCUGGGCGGACAUCGUCAAGAUCGCAGACACCUUCAAGGAGCUGGCGGCCGCCGAAGUGUACCACCUUUGCGACGAGUUGAACAAGGCUGUGAGCAUCUACUUGACCAAGCGCUCGGAGUACCAGGUACCAGCGGACCCCGAAUGCAAACUCGUGGAGAAUGCGCAGCUCAACGUAAAGCAGUGCGCUGCCAUCGCAGCCAUGGCCGAUAUCACGAGAAACCUCACUGACGAUAAGCUGGUUUCGAACAAGGUGAGCUUGCGUAGCUCUCUCCAGAAAGUCCAGGGGAAGCUCAGGUUCUACAAGGUUGAGCCGACCCUCUUGCACAGCGCAGCGGCGUUCAAGUUCAAGGCAGGGUUGACUCUCAAUUUCAG